ACCCUCCCCCAAAGUGUGAAGUUGGCCAUAGGUAUGAAAUGAUCAAAUACAGAUAUAUCAUGACAUUCUCAUUCUCCAAUUCCUUCGAUCUGAUCAUCAUUUAUUCCUCUUUCCCAUUUCUCAAUAAUCAACAUCUCAUGCAUUUCCAUGGCUGAAACUUCAUUCAGCUAGAAGAGAUCUCCUCAACAACCAUCAAAAACAAGAGAAAAAAGAGAUGAGUAGUAAGUAUUUUGUGUGCUUCACAAUAUUCAUUUUAUUCAUCUUCGCGUCUAUAUUCUACAGUGGUCGUACCAUUGAUUACAGAUCCAAAUUUCUGCUUUUCACAUCCCUGCCGCCGAGUAACGCUACGUCCUGCAGCAGCAGUGCUACUCAACCGCGGCGGCAGCCACUCAAUGUUUAUAUGUACGAUUUGGGGAUGAAGUAUAAUGUUGGAAUGUUGAAAGGCCCGCAUUACGAUGGUCCUCCAGUUACGGUUGAGACUCUGCCGGAGUUUCCUCAUUAUACUGGGUUAAGGAGACAACACACGGUGGAGUAUUGGAUGCUGGCUUCGUUGUUGUAUCGUGAAAAUGGAACGAAGCAGCAAGAGGCGGUUAGAGUUUUGAAUCCGGAUUCAGCUGAUGUGUUCUUUGUACCCUUUUUUUCUUCGUUGAGCUAUGAUACUUAUGAUAAUCAGGGGAAUGAUACACAGUCGAAGUUUGAUGAUCAACUGCAGGCUGAAAUUGUUGACUUCUUACAAAAAUCUGAAUAUUGGAAGAGGUCUGCUGGUCGAGAUCAUGUGAUACCAAUGCAACAUCCAAAUGCUUUCAAACAUUACCGGGAUAAGGUAAAUGCUGCUAUCUUCGUCGUAGCAGAUUUUGGUCGGCCUUCUCCAUCUGUGUCUAAUUUGAGGAAAGAUGUUGUGGCCCCAUAUGGACAUGUGGUUGCAACUUUUGAAGCUGAUGACUUCUCAGACCCAUAUGAUUCUCGCACAACACUCCUUUUCUUCCGGGGGAAGACAAAGAGAAAAGCUGAAGGGAAAGACCGUAAGCGGCUGGAAAAAAUAUUAAGUGGUCAAAAGGAUGUUGUUUUUGAAGCAAAUGGAGUCACCGAGGGAGGUGUAAAUGCAUCUACCAAGGGGAUGCGUUCGUCAAAGUUCUGUCUAGAUCCAGCAGGGGAUACCCCAUCAUCUUGCCGCCUUUUUGAUGCUAUAGUUAGUCAUUGUGUCCCUGUAAUUGUGAGUGACAAAAUUGAGCUACCUUAUGAGGAUGAAAUAGACUACAACAAGUUCUCUAUCUUCUUCUCACGUGAGGAUGCAAAGAAAGAAGGCUACAUACUUGAUCAGCUCAAGAGAAUUUCUAAAAAAAAAUGGCUUGAAAUGUGGAGAUAUCUUAAGAACAUUACACAUCAUUUUGAGUACCAGUACCCACCGAAGAACGGCGAUGCUGUAAGCAUGCUAUGGAGGCAAGUGAAGCACAAGCUUCCUGCUGUAAAACUUGCUGUACAUAGAAACCGGAGGCUUAAAGUGCCAGAUUGGUGGAGAUAGCUUUUGAAGCUUCAAUUAGGUGAUACUUGGAAGUGUUGUUUACACAAAUACUUAAUAGUGUUUAGAAUAGGAAUAGGAACAAGAACAAUAUAUAUAAUCAAAACUUUUUUACUGGGAGGUUCAGGGAUCAAUUUCUACUGAAUACAUUUUUCCUUA